AUGGAGUUGGACUUAAAAUCCAAGUUUCUUGAGUUCCUCUUGGAAUUGGAGGAUAAGAUCAACAGGAGGAACCAGAACGAAAGAAGUCAAGGUAAGAUGUAUAAUAAUCCUUACAAGGUAGCACGAAUGUGUCUUGAAACCCAUGAAGAUCCCAUCUGUGAUCCCAAAUCAUUAAAGAAAGUACCCAAGAUAGGUGAUAAAAUCGUGAAAUUAUUGACAGAUAAACUUAUUGAUUAUUGUAAUAGCCAGCUUAUUGAUGUACCCGAACCUUUCCAACCUUUGAAGAGGAAAAACGGAGGUAAUGAUGGAGAACAAGUUCCUACAAAGAAACGAAAGAAAGCUUAUGUACCACGUAGAAGAUCUGGUGGAUACGCUAUAGUAUUGGCAUUAUACCUUAAGGAUAAGGAAAGGAAUGGGUUGAAGAAGUCAGAAAUCUGUAAAUUUGCUGAACCAUAUAGUGAUGCAUCAUUUGAGAGUAAUCCUUCCAACGGACAAUUCUAUUCAGCUUGGAAUUCAAUUAAAGUAUUGGAGAAGAAUGAAAUAGUAUCUAUGAGUAACAGAUUAUACUUCCUAACUGAUGAAGGGGUCGAAUUGGCACAAAAGUUGAAGUUGGCUGAAGAUAUUCAUUCAUCUCCCGUAAAUAAUAGGAUCAAUAGUUCAUUUGAUAAUGGGGUUUAUGCUACACCUGAAAAGAAUAACGUGUUUAGUGAUGAUAUUGUACUCAUAGAUGAUCCUCGGGACUUACUAUCAUCACCUUUAGCCGAGAAGCAAGUCAACAGACUCGAUAACAAAGGUAUUCCUCCCGUUAAGACCAAUUCUCCCGUGACCAAUUCUCCCAUUAAGACUAUGUCGCCCAUGCACAGCACACCUACAAAAGCUCACGAUAAACAAGCCAAAACACUCAAUGGAGUUAAAUAUUCUAUAUGGCCCAUUGAAGAUGUAGAAAUCAUCCUCGUAAUUGAUACCAGAGAAGUACGAUCGAAACAACAAAUUGAUUUCUUCUAUAAUCGACUCACCAACCUUAAAGUCAAUUGUGAAAUACGACAAUUAUCGGUAGGAGAUAUGUGUUGGAUAGCCAAGAACAAAAAGUCAGGCAAUGAAAUCAUUUUGAAUAGUAUUUGUGAGAGAAAAAGAAUUGAUGAUUUAUUAAGUUCCAUUUAUGAUGGCAGAUUCUUUGAACAGAAAGCGAGAUUGAAUAAAUUGUUCAUGAAGAAAGUUUACUAUCUUAUUGAACAGAACGGGAACGACAUUUUCGACUCCAGGGCUAUCAAAGUUAUGGCAACAGCCAAAUGUCAAAUGAUGACUAACGGUAAAAACAUCGUCAAACAAUUCGACAGGAUCGAGGACACAGUGAAGUUUUUGAGUGAUAUAACGAAAAUCAUUGAAACUACUUUCCAAGAAACUAACACUAAAUUCAUUGCCAUUAAAGCUCGUACCAUCACCAAUCAAAAGCAUUAUGGAGAAAUCAUGGAAUCAUUCCGUAAUGAAUUUGACUAUAAAAGACCUCACUACGAAAGUUGUCAUUUAUACACAUCAUUUGAUGAAACCAUGAGUAAAUCACAGAUGUACACUGUUAAAGAGAUGUUCUUAUUGAUGUUAAUGAAUAUUAAAGGUGUAUCACUUGAAAAAGCCAUCACCAUACAGAAAAUCUUCCCCACGCCAAAUAAAUUACUUGACCAUUUCAAAGAUCCUAACAAUGGCAAAACUUCAUUAAUGGAACUCACCAAGAACUUAAAUAGACAGAAAAAAAUCACUAAACUGUUACUGGAGAAGAUUUAUGAUAUUUGGGGAGGUGCGACAUAA